AUAAUACCAUGUACACCUAACUUAUAAACUGAACUCUACUAUAGUGUUGCAUAUUGUUUAUUUGUCUUAUUUUAUAAUGUGUAUUGUGUACCUAUAUUUGCAAAAAAUAAAUAUGUAAAACCGCGGCAUCUGAUAUCAUAUACUUUUGAUAACAUGAUAUCGAAUAUUGUUGUUGAAGUAUACAGAUAAUAUACAGAAGCUAAAGGUAAAUAAAAAUAAGAUCGGAUAUAUGUAAUAAUAUAAUAAUUUGUAUAUUGAUAUGAAUAACUAUAGUGCUCCGAGGCGUAAUAUAAAGCAACGACAAAUCGUCCUACAGGCUACUACAUAGAACAAAUGUGCUAUAGAAAUAUAAAAUACCUAUUCAGCGUCUGCUGUACUACAGUACGAAUAAUUUGCUUAUAAUCUACAUAAUACAGAGUGUGUUGUUUACAUUCAACAAUUGUUUAUAUUAUUAUUCAAUAAUUCCAAUAAAACUGCGGUAAAUUUGAAUCGUCCAAUCAGAGAACACCGGUCGUGUAGCAGUGUACAGUAUGUUAAUAUGCGUCCGGGUCCCCCUCUGUCGUCCUGCGCACAAGUUCGCUGGUGGCCUCGCCGCCAGUCGCGCUGCCGUCGGCCGGCCGGGUUUGUUAUUUUUUAAGCGGUCGUCGUGCAACUUAGUGACAACGUCGCGUCGUAGUCUGUUCACCGUGUCCGUGCGAAACCUCGUGUUUUUCUUUGCCGAUUCUCUGAUCAACCGGCAGUCUCCAAGCAGAUAAACGUUAAUCGAAUAUCUCGUUUUCGCGUUGGCGGUCGCGUUCGUUCACCGUCCGUUCGUGCCGCCGCCAUACCUCGUGUGAUAUACCUCGUUUCAUUGCCGACAUCCUCAACUCGUCUAAAUAAUAUCUUCGCAUCCACGGAGACGCCUGUUCAGCGAGCGACCACCAACCAUUCACCAGUAGCUGUUGCUGUCGCCAUUCAGAAAAAUGUCUGGUAUUGCAGUAAGUCGAUUAUUAGAAGAACGUAAAGCAUGGAGGAAAAAUCCUCCGUUUGGUUUCGUAGCUAAACCAGCCAAAAAUCAAGAUGGUACAUUGAACCUUAUGGUUUGGGAAUGCUAUAUACCUGGAAAAAAGGGUACUCCUUGGGAAAAUGGAUCGUAUUUCUUACGUAUGACUUUCAUGGACGAUUACCCAUCGAGUCCACCAAAAUGCAGAUUUCAACCUCCAUUAUUCCAUCCCAAUGUUUACCCAUCCGGUACUGUGUGCUUAUCACUGUUGGACGAAGAAAAAGAUUGGCGUCCAGCUAUUUCUAUUAAGCAGUUAUUGUUAGGGAUACAAGAUCUUUUAAAUGAACCCAAUAUCAGAGAUCCUGCUCAGGCUGAAGCCUAUCAUAUUUUUUGCCAAAAUCGUGGAGAAUAUUUUAAUCGUGUCCGAGCACAAGCCAAAGCGAUGUCCAGACCAUAGUUAUAGUUGUCAGAGAGAAGAUUAUGCAUUAAUUUGAUUACCCUACUAAAAUAUUAACAAUCCUCAAUAUAUUUUUCACUUCUGUAAAUCAAUAAAAAGUAUCCAAAUGUAUCAUUACCAACAUUAAA